UUUGUUGAGAAUCAACCAAGUCUCUUGGCCUAACCGUGUGGCACUUUGGAGCCAACCUGGUGCUCCUAAAUUAGAUUCGUAGUGGUGUAAAGGGGAUAUAAGGCUGGUUUGGUUGCUGGAGGGGAGGAGUUAGGGAAUUGAGUGAUAAGGAGGUAGUAGGUUUGAUUCCCACCCUCAACAAAAUAUUAAUUACUAACGUUGGUCGUUGCAAAAUUAAAAAGAUUCCCAGUGGUGUAAAAAAAUGCUUAGCCAUGUAGUCACGUACUACGACAAUGAUCUUAGUUGAAAGUUUUGGGGUUCAAUGGAUUUUUGAUCCAAAAAUAGUUGGGAUGUGCAAUCAUUGCAUUGGUUCUCAUUAGUGAUUGUUCUAUGUUGUUUUUUGAAUAGACAAAUCUUAGUAUAUUAGUUGUUAUGUUAGUAUUUCUCAUUUACCAGAGUUUGAUAAUUAAGCGCAUUUUUUAAGGCUUUGUUUGGGAGGGGAUUUUGGAAGGAAGUGGAGGUGAAUUAUGAUAAGCUUGCUCCUUGUUUAAGAGGUUUGAAAGAGGGAAAGCAUUUGUGGAUUUGUUAGAAGCCUUUCUUCAUUUUCCAAACAUGGUACCCUGCUAUAAACAAACCUGCUGGGGUUGUAUAUUGGCUCAAACAUAGUAAAGAAGCAGAAAAUGUCGACUGGGUUAUCAUUCUGGAUGCAGACAUGAUAAUCCGCGGCCCAAUGAGACCUUGGGAACUUGGCGCAGAGAAAGGAAGACCCGUUGCAGCAUAUUAUGGGUAUUUAAGAGGCUGUGACAAUCUUUUGGCUCAACUCCACACGAAACACCCUGAACUCUGCGACAAAGUUGGUGGACUUUUAGCCAUGCAUAUAGAUGACCUACGAGCUUUGGCACCCAUGUGGCUUUUGAAAACAGAAGAAGUUCGGUCAGAUAGGGCUCACUGGGGAGCAAACAUAACUGGUGACAUAUAUGAGAAAGGAUGGAUCAGUGAGAUGUAUGGGUACUCUUUUGGUGCUGCAGAAGUUGGGCUCCGACACAAGAUCAAUGAUAACUUAAUGAUAUACCCUGGUUACGCUCCCCGAGAAGGUGCUGAGCCAAUUCUUCUUCACUAUGGCUUGCCAUUUAGUGUAGCGAAUUGGUCAUUUAGUAAGGCUGAUCAUGAUGAGGAUGACAUCGUUUAUAACUGUGGCCGGCUCUUUCCUCAACCGCCUUACCCCAGGGAGGUGAAUCUGUUAGUAACUGACCCCAAUCUACGACGAGGACUAUUUUUGAGCAUAGAGUGCAUUAACAUUUUAAACGAAGGUCUUCUGUUACAUCAUGCGGCAAAUGGCUGCCCCAAACCACCAUGGUCUAAAUACUUGAACUUUUUAAAAAGCGGAACCUUUGCAAAGCUAACUCAACCAAAAUACUUGACUCCUGCUACUUUGGAAAUGAUGGAGGAUAAAAUUCAAGAACAUGUCGAUGGUGAUUCUGCCAUGCCAUAUCCUAAAAUUCAUACCGUUUUUUCCACCGAAUGCAGCUCAUACUUUGAUUGGCAGACUGUGGGACUUAUGCAUAGUUUCAAUGUAAGUGGACAGCCAGGAAAUGUCACUAGACUUCUCAGCUGCUCCGAUGAGAACUUAAAGCUAUACAAAGGCCAUAACUUGGCUCCCACCCAUUACGUUCCUUCUAUGAGCCAACAUCCAUUAACCGGCGAUUGGUACCCGGCAAUUAAUAAACCAGCUGCAGUCCUCCACUGGCUUAAUCAUGCAAAUAUUGAUGCCGAAUUCAUAGUGAUUCUUGAUGCUGAUAUGAUAAUGAGAGGCCCAAUUACGCCAUGGGAAUUCAAAGCUGCAAGGGGCAGACCUGUUUCAACUCCCUAUGAUUACCUUAUUGGCUGUGACAAUGAGCUUGCGAAAUUGCAUACUAGUCAUCCUGAGGCUUGUGACAAGGUUGGUGGCGUAAUUAUUAUGCAUAUAGAUGAUCUGCACAAAUUCGCUUUACUCUGGCUGCAUAAAACUGAGGAGGUUCGAGCUGAUCGAGCUCAUUAUUCCAGAAAUAUAACAGGAGACAUUUACGAAUCUGGCUGGAUUAGUGAGAUGUAUGGUUACUCGUUUGGCGCCGCUGAGUUGAAAUUAAGGCAUACUAUAAACAGAGAGAUAAUGAUAUACCCUGGAUAUGUUUUUGAACCUAGCAUCAAAUAUAGAGUUUUCCACUACGGAUUGCGAUUCAGUAUUGGGAACUGGAGUUUUGACAAAGCCGAAUGGCGAGAGGUCGACAUAGUCAACAAAUGCUGGGUCAAGUUUCCAGAACCACCAGACCCAUCAACUCUUAACCAUGACGAUGACAAGAGUUUACAGCAAAACCUUCUCAGUAUAGAAUGUAUCAAGACACUGAAUGAAGCACUGCAUCUUCAUCAUGAGAGAAGAGGGUGCCAUACAUCAAAAGGAGACACUACAAAAGAAAGUAUAACCUCAAAGAAAUUUGAUUUAAAAGGCAACCAUAUGUUAGCAAAUGAUUCAGAGGAAUUUGCAAAUGCUCAUAAUGAUAGAAUGGGAAUACCUAGUUCUUUCAGGUUUUGGGUAUUAUUUUUAUGUGUGUUUUCUGGAUUAGGUUUUUUGGUAGUUAUUUUUUGGGUUCAUUCAGGUCAUAAAAGAAGAGGAAUGAAAAUGAAACACCAUAGAGUCAGGAGAAGAAGCUUGUAUCCAGGUUACAUGGGGACAUGGCUUGCAUAGCCUAGUCUUGAUGUACCUCUAGUAAUUUUGUUUGCUUCUUUUAUUUGGCUUAAUAUUUUUUUCAUUUGUUUUGUUGUUUUAAUUCAUUUUGAAAUUUCAAUUAAUUUUAAUCUUGAAUAUAAUAGAAACUGUGUAUUGGAACUUGGAAGAGGAUGCUACUUCAUCUAUUUUACAAGGAGUGAUUCAAUUGAUUAUUUGACAAAUGUUUAAA